UCGCUCAGUUCCCCCCUUGCCCCCAGCCUGGCUCUACGGGGACCCACGGCAGGUGAUUUACCCCCGGAACUCGACUGGCGCCUACUGCGGGAUCGGGGGCAAUGUGGGCAAACCCUACGUGCUGUAUUUCGACCUGCUCCGGUGCGUCACCUCCCUCAACAUCCUGGCAGCGGCGAUGAACGGGCUGCAGUGUCCCACCACACAGGUCUGCGUUGCCUCCUGCCCCGACGCCUUCUGGGUGGCGCCACUCGCGGAUGUGCCUGGGACGAAGCCGGUGGCCGUGCUGAACCAGACCUGGUGUAACCCCAGCCUGAACCUAUCCACCACCAGCCUG